AUGACAAUAAGCGUGCUAGAUGAAUUGACAGGAAUCAAAGCCGAUUUGGUCAGGGGACAAGAAAACUGGCAAGACUGGGAUUUACCCCGUUUGGCCCAAGCUCUGAAGAAAUGGAGAGACGUAAACCCAGCGACUGAAGGAAAUAACGUCGAAAGCAUGACUACUCCGUCUAAGCGCCCUGAGAACAAAUCUCGUUUUUUUUACCACGCAGAAUCCAUGGAAAAACGCCGUUGUGUUUACUGUGAUGACGCGAGUCACAUCUCGCGCGAUUGCACGCACGUAACCACAACAGACGAGAGGAAAAGAAUGCUAGCGCAGAAGCGGAUGCGCUUUAAUUGCACUGGGCCAAGACAUCAUGCAGCUGAGUGAAGGAGUAGAAUGUGUUGUCAGAAGUGCAGACAGAAACACCAUAGAUCGAUUUGCAAUCAAGGAGACCAAUUGUUGACAGCCACCGGGAACCAAGGGCGUGUUGUUUAUCAUGUGGUGAAAGUAAGCGUGGAGGGAGUACUGUAACCUGCACUUCUGGAUACUGGAGCUAAGAGUUCGUAUGCUUCAGCUGCGCUUUUGGAGAAACUUCUCAAGCGCUCUCGGGCUAAAGAAGUUCGUCGAAUAGAAAUGAUGCUGGGAUCGACCACACGUGAAGUAGGACUUUCCACAAUCAAAGUACAUUCAACUGAUGGCAGUGAAGAAUUAAACGUUGACGUUACCAAGGUCGAAAGACUGGAGUUGCUGAUGAUUAAUAACCUACACUAUCAAAAGAUUAUCGAGUCGGGCGCUCAUCUAAAGGGAGUUGAGACGACGGACUGUGACCCUAAGCCAUAUAUCCCAAUACACCUGAUAUUAGGGGCCAGCGAGUAUAAAGGGAUCAAGACGUCCGAGCUCCGCCACGUUGGGCCCCUAGGGGAACCAGUAGCAAAAAAGACCAAGCUGGGGUGGACUAUUAUGUCACCGGGAACUGAGAUUGACUACACGAAUAUGCUGCGGACACAAACGAGUCAUGUGGAUUAUGCAGCACUUUGUCGGCUAGACGUCUUAGGUUUUAGAAGAUACCCCAGAACAUGA